UUCAUUAAUGGGUAAAGACUAAAGGCCAGAACCCGGUCUUAUUUCCUUUUGCUUUUCACUAGAAAAUUUCCACUUGCUUUCCCGCUCCCAAUUCCACAACAGAAUUUAGGGUUUAGGGUUUUAUUCAGCGCUUUCCAAAUACAGUCACUCCAAUUGAAUUUAGGGUUUAGGAUCUCUGGGGUUUUCACAAUGAUGUACGGUGAUCCGCAACAGCAGCAGAACCAGCCGCACCCGCAAGCUGGGGAGUUUCAGAGAGGUCCUCCGCCUCCGCAAAUGAUGCGGCAGCCAUCUGCUUCUUCCACUACUCUUAACUCAGAGUACCACCACCCUGGUGCUCCUCCUCCUCAGAUGCCGCCUUAUGACGCUCAUGGUGACAAUUUUGCUGCGAAAAGAAUGAGAAAGCUGACCCAAAGGAGAGCUGUUGAUUAUACUAGUACUGUUGUGCGAUAUAUGCAGAUUCGAAUGUCACAGCGGGAUUCACGGGACAGGACAACAUUGCAGCCUACACCAGCAGCAGCAAUUGAUAUGUUGCCGACAGCUGCUUAUUUAGAUAACCCAUCCACAAGCUUUGCUGCCAAAUUUGUUCAUACAUCUCUAAACAAGAACCGGUGUUCUAUAAAUCGCGUUUUGUGGACUCCCACGGGUAGACGUCUUAUCACAGGGUCGCAGAGUGGAGAAUUUACUCUAUGGAACGGACAAUCAUUCAAUUUUGAAAUGAUUCUUCAGGCCCAUGAUCAAGCCAUCAGGUCUAUGGUAUGGAGUCACAAUGACAACUGGAUGGUUUCUGGUGACGAUGGUGGUGCAAUAAAGUAUUGGCAGAACAACAUGAAUAAUGUUAAGGUCAAUAAGUCUGCUCACAAAGAAUCAGUUCGUGACUUAAGUUUUUGUAGGACAGAUUUAAAGUUUUGUUCCUGUUCUGAUGAUACUACUGUAAAAGUAUGGGACUUUGCCCGGUGCCAGGAGGAGCGUUCAUUAACUGGCCAUGGUUGGGAUGUCAAAAGUGUUGAUUGGCAUCCUACAAAAUCCUUACUGGUUUCAGGUGGAAAAGACAACGUUGUGAAACUAUGGGAUGCUAAGACAGGGAGAGAGCUUUGCUCAUUUCAUGGCCAUAAAAAUACAGUACUUUGUGUCAAAUGGAACCAGAAUGGGAACUGGGUGUUGACUGCUGCAAAGGAUCAAAUCAUUAAGCUCUAUGACAUUAGAUCUAUGAAGGAACUUGAAUCUUUCCGAGGCCACAGGAAGGAUGUGACUGCAUUGGCUUGGCACCCAUUCCAUGAAGAAUACUUUGUCAGUGGGAGCUUUGAUGGAUCUAUUUUCCAUUGGCUGGUUGGGCAUGAAACACCUCAGAUUGAGCUUCCCAAUGCACAUGAUAAUAGCGUGUGGGACAUCGCCUGGCAUCCUAUCGGAUAUCUUCUAUGCAGUGGUAGCAAUGAUCACACCACAAAGUUUUGGUGCAGAAAUAGGCCUGGAGAUACCCCUCGUGAUAAAUUUAACAUUGGUCAAAAUCAAGGCUAUGGUGAGCAAAAUCCUGCAUUAGCCAGUCGCAUGCCUGGUAAUUUUGCAGCACCUGAAGGCCCAACAACUCCGGGGCCAUUUGCAACCCGGAAUGAGGGAACAAUCCCUGGCAUCGGAGUUCCCAUGCCAUUAUCAGUUCCAUCUCUUGAUGCAUCUUCUCAAGGGGACCAAAAGCAGCUUCAUCCUGGUUCCUUGCCUUUUGGAGCUCCUCCUCUUCCUCCUGGACCACAUCCAUCUCUUCUAGCCAAUCAGCAGCAUGGAUAUCAACAAAACCCUCAACAAAUUCAGCAACAGCAGCAACAGGGAAUGCAACAGCAAAUGCCUCCUAUGCCAAUGGGACCUCCAAAUAUGCAGCUACAACCUCCAUCUCACAUGCCCCUGCUUCCACAUCCUCAUUUACAACGCCCUCCUCCCCAAAUGCCUCCUCAUGGUAUGGCUUCACAAAUGCCAGGAUCUUUGAAUCCACCUUCAUCAAUGCCGACAUCACAUCCAAUGCCAAUGCCUGGUCCAAUGGGCAUGCAAGGUACAAUGAAUCAGAUGCCUCCUUCAAUGCCACAAGGUCAUUUUAUGGGCAUGAAUCCAAUGCACUCAGGAUCAUUACCCACCAGUGGUGGCCCUUCAGUUGGAGGUUUUCCAAAUGGUAUGCAAAAUAUGCAGGGCCCUGGAAAUAUGGGCGGUGGCCAAAUGUAUCCGCAGGGUAGUGGAUUCAAUCGUGCACAAGGUGGUCAGAUGCCAAUGAUGCCUGGGUACAAUCCAUACCAGUCUGGUGGUCAGUCUGGUAUGCCUCCACCGCCAACGGGUCCCACACCACAUGGCCAAACUCCGCAGUAAGACCUAUGGUUCUAGAAUGUUUACAAGUAUUUAUUUUGGCUUCGUUGAGACAACUGUUUUUUGUUUGACGUGGAUGGAACAGUUGGGAUAUCACCAAGCAAAUUGGUUUUUGUUUGUUUUUGCUGUACGUUAUCGUAUGAAAAUUGGAAUGCUUGAAAGCCCAA